UAUACCUUUUAUAUUAUUCAAGUUCAGCAAAGCCGAAGGCAAUACCCAACCCAUUUACGUCAACAAACCAAACACAUGCAUGCAUACAAACAAGGAAUUGUUUCUUUCACAAGAAAACACCCACAUUGUAUAUAAACAUAGAUAUACAACGAAAAUUUAAACAAAAACAUAUCCCACUCAAAGCAUUUUGUGACAGCUAUGGCUUCCAGGCAGAGAACAACAUCUUUUCGUCCACAACUUUCUGUUCGACGCGUCUACGAGACUUUGCAGCCCCAAUCAGAGACUAAAGAACUCCCAGAAGCUUAUCUUCUACGUGUUUAUCUUCCUGGUUUUCCAAGGGAAAGUGUAAAGAUAACUUAUGUGGCCCCUUCACGAACGGUGAGGAUAUCUGGAGAAAGACAAGUUCGAGGGACAAUAUGGCACCGAAUUGACCAAUCAUAUCCCAUUCCUGAUUAUUGUGAUGCAGAGGCACUUCAGGGUAAGUAUGAAGCUCCUGUUCUCAUCCUUACGAUACCAAAGAAGUCCACGACCGCAUCACAAGCUGCACCUAAACAACAAGAAGUCGGAACAUCCCAAGACAAAGGUGCAGUGGCUGAUGAAAAAAUGCAGGAUGCUACUCCACCACAACCUACCACUACAACUAAAGUGGAAGAAGAACCAGUUGAAGCACAAAAAAGGGAAGACGCACCGUCUCAAACCCCUUCAGAACCAAUUAGGGACCAAAAGGGUCAAGUUGAAGCUGUAGAAAGAGUCGGUUCCAUUGCUGAGCCUCGAAUGAGUGAAAAGGAGUUGGAACAAAAGCCAGCAUCACCAAGGUCAGCCACAAUGCAAAGAGAUGAAGAGCCACAAAAGGGUGAAGAGGAGGAUGAGCCAAAAUCAACACCAGCUGUGACAACCAAAAUAGAAACAGAUAAAAAGCCUGAAAAGGGUCAAGAGGAAUUUGGACCAAGACCAACAACAACAACGCUAACCAAAGUCAAAACAGCUGAAAGGUACCAGCAGGGUCAAGAGGAAUUUGUACCAAGAGCAACACCAGCAAUGCUAACCAAAGUAAAAACAGCUGAAAAAAGUCAAAAGGGUCAGGAGGAAAUUGAACCUAAAUCAACACCAACAAUGGAACAGAAAAUCAAAAGAGAUGAGCAACCUCCAAAGGGUCAAGAGGAAGGUGAGCCAAGACCUGCAAUAACAAAUAUUUCCAGAAAGCCUACAGUUAAAGAGCAAUUGGAGGAAAAGAGGAUAGAAGAAACAAGUGGUGAUGCUGCUAAGAAGGAAAGGAACUCAAAGAAUGAAGCUAAAGAGGAAGCUUAUGAGUCAAGACACGAGAAAGAUAAGGAGCAAGCUGAUUUUAAAGAGAAAGAAAAAUUUGUCGCCAAGGAAGCAGAAAUUCGUGCUCCAAAAGUUCAGAAGAAAAAGGAGAAAAAAGGGAAGAGUGAAGAGAAUGCAGUGGAAAGAGUUGGAGGUGUCUCCCAUGUUUUUUCAAAAGUAGCAUUGAAUGAGGAAGAGAAGAAAAUAGCAACAAAUAUUGGUGCUGCAGUUCUGGUCAUUGCUGCCUUGGGAUAUUAUUUAUCUUACAGGUUUACCUCUUGAGUUGAACAUAAAACAUGUUCUAAUCGAUGUAUGCUUUCUCACACAUGUACAUGAAUAAUAAACUAUAACAAAAAUCAUCUGAAUAAAGAGCGAAUGCAAUCUAUGAUUCUUCGUA